GUGAAGGCGCACGGGCUGGGCGCUCGGGGCCGGAGUCCCUCGGAGCUGCGGGACCCUUCGCGUGGGCGCCCGGCCGGGAGCGCGGGGUGUCAGGCGCCCUGCGUGUGGGCGGCAGCCGGGCCGGGGUGACCGGAUCCCCCCUUCUCCGCCGGCAUGGACCAGCCGCGCCAGGUGGCCGGGGGCUCCGGGGGCGCGGGGAGCCCGGCCGAGGGAUGGGCUGCGCCCCCAGCAUCCACGUCUCGCAGAGCGGCGUCAUCUACUGCCGGGACUCGGAGGAGUCCGCCUCGCCCCGCCAGACCUCCGGCGCGCCGCAGGGCCCCGCCGCCCCCCUGCACGGCCUCCCGGUGCCGACCGACGCCACCGCCCCGGGCCGCGCGCCCGGGCCCCCCGGGGCCGCCCGAGUCCGCAGGGCCCGCGCCGAGCUGGGCAGCGCGAGCAGCGGGGGCUCCGCGGCCCCGGGUGCGACCACCUGCAGGGGCCGGCGGCGCCACUGUUGCAGCAGCGCGGAGGCCGAGACGCAGACCAGCUGCAGCAGCCUGCAGGUAGGCGCCCGCCUCCGGGGUGCCCGGGGUGCCCGGGGUGCCGGGAGGGGGGAGUGGGGUGCCGGGGUUACUCGAGAUGCCCGGGUGCAGGGGGUGCCCGGCUUGGUUGUUCGAGGUGUCCGGGUUACUCGAGAUGCCCGGGUGCAGGGGGUGCCCGGCUUGGUUGUUCGAGGUGUCCGGGUUACUCGAGAUGCCCGGGGUGCAGGGGGUGCCCGGGUUGCCCGAGUGAUUAAAGUGAGCUCUGAAGAAGGAGGAAUCAACAUGCAGGCUUCCAUCUGA